ACAAAUUUCUUAACCUCAAAAAAAAACCGCCGAUGCCGCUGGAUGCCGCUUCAAUGAUUUACUUUAACUGGUUAAUGUUUCUGUAGCGACGACUUUAAUUAUCGUUUUCACGUUACAAUCACGCAAUAGAGUCCGUUAUAACAAGCUUUCUGAACCAGAGUGAGCAAGUUUACGUAUCUCUCUGCGUUUCAAUCUUGGGCACGUUACUCAUCGGACAAAUCUUGCGGCUGUUCUCCUUUAUCUAAUGGAUGCGAGCGAUGUCUCCCUGCAGAAGAGACAUAAGAAACACAAGCAUAAGAAGCAUAAGAAAAAGAAGCUUAUGCAUGAUGACAGCGACGCCUUCGUAGAUAUCUCAGCUGAUGCUGAUCGGAAGAAGAGCUUUCGAAUAAAAGUAAAAAAAGAGGAUGAACGGAGGUACAGUCUGGAUAAACGUGAAAAGAUAUUGAAAACAUGUGGUUUGAAUACAGCUACAAUAAGCACUGCAUCUUCUCCGAAAGGUGCAACUACGAAGAAGAAAAUUCCAAAAGGUAGCAAAGGUAAAGAUAGUGGAACCAGCAGCGAGGAAGAAAGAUGGCUUGACGCUAUUGAAUCCGGUAAAUUGGAAGAGGUUGAUGAUGAGUUGAAGAAAAUUAAGCCAAAGGAUCCUAAGUUAAUGACAGCGCGUCAGAGAGCGAUGUUUGAAAGAAAAACUGAUACAGAGCCUAAUCCAGGUGUCGAACAACUGAUGUCGUUACCUACUGGUUACAAAGAAAAAGUUAUGACUGCGGAAGCUAUACAGAAGGCUGCUCUAAAGUCUCUAAAACGGAAACAGCUCGCUGAUGAAAAGAGAGAAAAGGAUAAGAAAAAAACAAUGGAGAGAUUGCUCAAAAAACAAGAAUCUAAAGCAUCCAAAGUUGUUAGCAAGGGCAGAUUAUCUAAACGACAAGUACCAUUGGUGACGUAUCGUUUAACGAUCGAGGGAAGUUCCAUAUCUUUACCACCCGGUGAAAAUUUUCCACUUUCCCCUGCCAAAGAGAGAAGUCCACCAAAACAAAUCCUUUGCGGGGUCAAUCAGUGUAAAAAUCUCAAAAAAUAUUCGUGUUCAAAAACAGGAAUGCCAUUAUGCAGUUUAAAGUGUUACAAAGCCAAUCUUCUUUUAUCCAGGUAAAUAAUGUACAAGCAACACUGGAAUAUUUUUUUUUCCAAAAGUUCCAGCAGUUUGUUUCAGUAUUUAUACAUAAGCGCGCGCGAAUAUGGGUAAGAUAACUAAAUUAAAAAUUAAAUGUAGCAUAUAAGUAUAAUACGUACGUUUAUAUGUAAAUAUAUAUCUAUUAUCAUUUUA